AUGGCUGCAGUAAUGCUUACGUUUUGUGGAAAUCUUGUGGUGAUAAUUUCUAUCAGUCAUUUCAAGCAGCUCCACACACCAACUAACAUACUUGUUCUUUCCCUGGCUGUAGCAGACUUCUUAGUGGGAGUUAUUAUAAUGCCUUUCAUGCUCAUUCAGUCGGUGGAGACGUGUUGGUAUUUUGGGGAGACGGUUUGUUACAUUUAUACAUGCUUUCUUUCAACAUUAACUACAGUUUCUGUGUUUAAUUUAGUAUUAAUAGCUAUUGAUCGAUACUUUGCUGUUUGUAAUCCAUUACUUUAUUCUGCUAGAAUCACUGUACGGAUUACGUGCACAGCUGUUCUGUUCAUCUGGUUGCUAACAUUUUCUUAUGGUUGUUCAGCAGUGUUUAGUGGUGGAAGUAUUGAAGGCAAUUUGGAAUUAGAUCCAUGUCCUGGAGACUGCCUCCUCAUGCUUAAUUCAACUUGGUCAAUAGUGGACCCUAUAUUUGGCUUUAUCUUCCCUGUUUACAUAAUGGCAAUUCUUUACACCAGAAUUUUUAUUGUCGCAAAGCGACAUGCAAAAGCAAUCUCAAUGCAGCAAAACUCACAAAACAAUAAAUACAAAAGCAACAAGAGUAAAAAAUCAGAAAGAAAAGCAGCAAAAACAUUAGGAAUAGUUAUGGCAGUAUUCUUGUUUUGCUUGUCACCUAUUUAUAUCUUUACAGUAAUCACUUUGUUUACAAAUAUAACUCUUCCUUCUGCCGUAUCAUGCACUCUUAUUUGGCUGAUUUAUUUAAACUCAAGCAUGAAUCCAAUCAUGUAUGCAUUGUUUUAUCCUUGGUUUCAAAAGUCCUUUAAGCUAAUUGUAUCUUUACAGAUAUGUAGAAAUGGAUCAUCUUUAACAAAAUUGAUGCCAGAAUAUUAG